AUGCCUCAAUUACCGAAUUUUGCUCCUGUUGUGGAACAAUGGUGGAAGUAUUUAGGAUUUGGUUAGAGAUUGAUCCUCUUCUAAAUGGCUAUACUCAGACUUAUUUCAUAUUUUUCCAAUCAUAUAUUGAAUAUGCUUUAUAACUAAACCCUAUUAGUUUAGAAUGGAUAAUAUUGGAGAUUGUUCACAGCUCCUUUAUUUUCAACGAGCUUUUUGGAAAUUAUAGCUAGUUGGUUCUUUUUUUAGCUAAUUGUAAAUCCUUAUGAAGCAACAGUGGGAAGCGCAUAUUUCAUUUUUGAUUUCUUUUUUAAGAGCUUUUUAUUAGAAUCUAUAAACUUUCUGGUGAACAUUGGGCUCUGUUAAUAUGAUAUUUAGUAUCAAUACACUUUGAGUUAUGGUAUCGACGGAUUAGCACUCUAUUAUUUAUGCAGCUAAUUUCUUGCCUCUCCUCAUAGUUAAAGAGAUUUUAACUUAUUUUCGAUACCUAACUAUUAUUUAUUACUCACCAUCCCUUUUGUGAUGUUUUUAUACACAGAAAAAUUCAUUUAUAUAUUUGCAUUAUGGAUCGCUAUAUUUGAAUGGUUUUUCUUUAAUGGGAUGCUCAUACGUUUAUCAGAUAAUUCUAUUGAAAAACUAUCAUUCAUAUUUGGUACAUUAAGAAAGAUUAAUUGUUUUAAGUAGCCAUCUCAAAGUUUACAAGAACCCAAGUUGUAUUCAGCUUCUCCAUAGGUUGAAUUAGGUUCUUAAUAAUAAGCAUCAUAAGCAUUUGGAGGCAGGGGAAUAAUGAUAGGGGGAUAUGAGGAAGAAAAGGAACAAAGAGUUUAAGGUUAAAAUAAUUAUUAAUAAAUAUGA